AGAGUAUCAGAUUGUCGAGUGGAAGUGUCUCUUGGGAAGGCCGAUUGGAGGUUUGGUGGUACAAAACCGGAUGCUGGCUCUUCUGCGAAGAUCGAUGGGAGUGGGGUACAGUAUGCGACGAUAUGUUUGGCAUGAACGAUGCAAACGUUGCCUGUCGAUCGCUUGGCUACGUCGGAGCUGCGUCUUAUAGGACUUGGGGAGGUGGUGGUGGUCCCAUCUGGAUCGACGACCUUCAAUGUGGAGGUGGAGAAAGCCAGAUUUGGCACUGCAAUAGCCGAAGAUGGGACAAUUCCAACUGCGGUCAUGGAGAAGAUGUAGGAGUUGUUUGCG